AUGGAGAAAGUCGCGUCUACUGCAACGGAUCUGGCAUGCGUGACGGCGAUAAACUCGUCGCCGCCUCCGUUAUCACCGCAAUCUGACCAAAGCAACAGCAAACAACACCAGGAAGACUUUGCCGCAAGCUUCGCGUCGCUUUACAACUCGAUUUUCUCGCCGGAAUCUCAGUUCCCGAGCUCGUUAUCCCUCUCUCCGUCUCCUCCAUCAUCCUCCUCUCCUCUGGCUCGCGUCGACACCACCACAGAGCACCGCCUUCGCCAAGCGCGUCUCAUCCUCGAGUACGACGAACUCAACGAGCACUACGAGCUCUGCAUCUCCCGCCUCCAAUCCCUAAUGACGGAACUCGACUCUCUCCGCCACGAAAACGACUCUCUCCGCCAAGAAAACAUCGAUCUCCUCAAGCUUAUCCACAUCUCUACUUCGUCUUCCUCCUCCGUCUCUCCACCGCUCGUCCAUAACCGCCAGAAUCGCCCUCAGAUCUCCGAUUUCGGUAGCCAAGGCGGCGUUAAUAAGCAUUUUCCCUCCGCGAGGAAGAGCGAUCCGCAGAGAAACUCGUUGCCUAAGAGCAUCUCCGUGCGCUCGCCGGGAUAUCUCAAGAUGAUGAACCAGGGAAGCCAUGGAUGUGGCGGUGCGGAUCGUCAAGCGAGUCAACUCAGCUUCUCGAGUCAACUCGGCUCCGAAUCGGUAUCACAGAAGGUGUGUGUGCCAACGAAAGGAGAGAGAGAUGCUUUGGAGCUUGAGGUUUAUCGUCAAGGGAUGAUGAAGACGGAGCUCUGCAACAAGUGGCAACAGACCGGAGACUGUCAUUACGGCGAUAACUGCCAAUUCGCUCACGGAAUCGAAGAGCUCCGUCCGGUGAUAAGGCACCCACGCUACAAAACCGAGGUCUGCAGAAUGAUCGUCACCGGAGCCACGUGUCCUUACGGCCACCGUUGCCAUUUCCGCCACUCCCUCACCGAUCAAGAGAGGAUGAUGCUUCUCACUCGCUGA